CGAGGUGGCCGUGGAGGUCCUCGAGGUGGACCCCAAGGUGGACCCCAAGGUGGACCCCAAUGUGGACCCCAAGGUGGACCCCAAGGUGGACCCCAAGGUGGACCCCAAGGUGGACCCCAAGGUGGACCCCAAGGUGGACCCCAAGGUGGACCCCAAGGUGGACCUCAGGGUGGACCCCAGGGUGGACCUCAAGGUGGACCACAGGGCGGUCCUCAGGGCGGUCCUCAGGGCGGACCCCCGGGUGGACCGCAGGGAGGUCCCCAGGGUGCUCCAGGUGGACCCGGUGGCCCCGGCGGACCGUGGGGACUGCCUCCAAAUGCCACUCUUCCCAGCAACAGCACUACCACCACCACUACAACUACCACCGAAUCCAGCACCAGCACCACCACGGAAGCCAGCACCGAGUCAUCCUCUGCUUAGGGCUCAGGACUCCAGCCAAUCUAAAAUCCAUUUUUGGCUUGUUCUCCUCCGCGCUUCCGUCGAUAUUAAUAAAAGUCUUU